GCAGUGUGCACCGACAUGUGUUAACUAACCAUCACUGGACCGAUAGAUAUCUUCACUGAAACACAGCCUCCUCCGUAACUGUGACCGCGAGGGAACGCCAACCAGAGCUGCAGUAGGAGUGGUCGAGGACGCUGCAGGGCACCCUACUGACAACGUCAAUACCACACCGGGGACCUUCUGACGGAGAACCAUUCACUGACAGUAAAGCUUCAAGUACACACACGUUCUGAUCGUGUCUCGUUCACCAGAGUUUUUCUACAGAUCUGAAUCUUCAAGCUAAACAUGCUCUAUAACUGGAACGUCAAAUCGAAAUGGAAAAUUACACCUGGUCUUGAAGAUCUUCACUGGAAUUGACUUUUGUUUGUGAAAACUAUUACAUGUCGAUUAGAUCGAAGCAUUUGCAACGGAUCGGUCUAAAACACCACCCAAGUCUUUUCCGAUUUAGAUCCAGAAUGUUUAAAUUUUUUUACCUGUUUUAAUUCACACUGGAUUCGUCGGAGUCGUACAACACCGGAAUUGAAAGGAAGUGAGUGCGUGAUUUUAACUCAUUGAUUUGGGGAAUCGCCCGUACAUUUUUAUUUUACAGAAUAUAUGUGUAUACGGCUGGUAAAACACAUAUCGACAGAUGUUGUGAUCCCAAGACCAGUUCAUGUGUGACGUACAGGACGUCGGUUCAACUGUUAGGAAAUAACACAACGGGAUAUUGUUGACGGAGUCUGGGCCAGAAGGACUUAACAGUGAAAGGGACUGUCACGCAAACAACAAUGAACAACACUACGGAUGACUACCACUACGACUAUUUGUCGUCGGUGGAGACGGUGCCGUUGGCCGAGUUGAUACCGGUAGCCACGUUGUACAGUCUCAUGUUGAUGUGCGGCAUGCUCGGCAACGUGCUCGUCAUCUUCUCCAUCCUACGUUAUCGAUGCAUGCGCAACAUCACCAACACAUUUCUUUUGAGCCUGGCGUCAGCUGACCUCUUGUUGGUGGUCAUUUGCAUACCCGUAAAGUUAGCAGCCUUUUUCUCCUUCACCUGGACCUUCGGAGAGUUUCUGUGCAAGAGUGUCCACUAUCUUCAGAAUGUGUCUGCCAUCUGUUCCGUAUUUACCCUGACAGCCAUGAGUCUGGAGAGAUAUUACGCCAUCAUGUUCCCGAUGAGAGCCAAAUAUACGUGUACCGUUGGCAAGGCGUGUCGUGUCAUAGCUGUGCUAUGGCUGUUGUCGGGUCUCCUUGCAGUACCCAUUGUUUUCCAAAGAAUCCACAAGGAGGUCGGGGUGUACAGGAAGGGGUAUUGGUGCGUGAAGGACUGGGACCAGACGCUCUACAGCAGUCUAUACGAACUGUUCAUGCUGGGCAUUAUGCUUGUGUUCCCUGUUGCCAUCAUGACAUUCGCUUAUGUCAGCAUCUGUCUGGAGCUGUGGAUAAUGACCACCAGGAGGUCGGCCAUGAGGAGCGGCUUAGUUCUAGCUACAGGAACGUUCCGGUCACCGCCUUCAACUGAAAGCAGCCCCUACCACGUCACGUCAGAAAAGACCCCAGUGAUGAAGAAGCAGAAGUUCUCCACUGAUGAUGAUGCCACAAGGAAACAGGUCAUUAAGAUGCUAGUAGCAGUCAUCCUCAUCUUCGUGGUCUGCUGGGCCCCCAUUCUCAUCAGCAACGUCUUGACAGCGUUUCGGGUCAUACACCAUCUCAACUACGGCUACCUGAAGCCGAUGAGGCAGACUUUCUACCUUCUUGCUUACGCCAACAGUGUUAUGAAUCCCUUUAUCUACGGUUUCAUGUCGAAGCACUUCAGAGAUACGUUCUACCAGUCCUUGUGUAUGUGCGUCAAGGGGAGGGAGUUUCAAAGGAGGAGUCGUUUUCUACGACAGAAUUCCCAAAUGACAAGAUCGUCACACGCAGCUUACUGUGCCCAAGACAGUGUCCAGAUGUCGUCACUGGAGUCGCCUUAUGGAGCUUGUAGACCGGAAUUUGUAUGAGCGUUGUCAAAGGAUUGCUUCAGACGUGUGAUGUGGUCAUAAACUGGACAUAGAUAACAGAAGCGCAACGCUUUGAUCUUUGGGAAUCAUUUGCAGUAUGGUUCAUGAUGAAUGAGACAUUGUUCUUGAAGCAGGCGACAAGUCAACUUGAUCAGAGAGACACUUGACCUAUUGCAUCAAUACAGUGUUCAGUAUUCCCAAAGAGACUACGAAUCGGGGAAGUUUAAUGGUCCAAGGACCAAUGUUUCGUGAAGCAGCGGUUUUGCGGAAUGGUAUCGCAUGUCGUUGGCAUGGAAAAUAUCCCAAUGUAUCACCGAUGCAGCAGGGACAACCCAAAGAACAGUUUCCAGAACAAUUUACAGAGCAUUGUACAGAAAGGUUUACUGAACAGUUUACAGAACGAUUAAUAGAAGGGUUUACUGAACAGUUUACUUAGCAGAGCAGUUCGCUGAACAGUUAACAGAGCCGUUCACAGAAGGUUUUACUGAACAGUUUACAGAAGGAUUUACAGAACAGGUUAUGUAACAGUUUACAUAAGAGAUCACAUAAGGGUUUACUGAGCAGUUUACUUAACAGUUCACUGAAUAGUUCACAGAGGGGUCUACUGAACGGUGUACUGGGCGGUGUACUGAACAGGAAACAGGAGGGUUUGCGGAACAGUUUACUGUACAGUUUACAGAUGAGUUUACUGAACGGUUCACAGUUGAGUUUACUGAACGGUGUGCUGAACAGUUAACAGAUGAGUUUACUGAACGGUGUACUGAACAGUUUACAGAUGAGUUUACUGAACGGUGUACUGAAAAGUUUACUGAACAGGACACAGAAGGGUUUGCGGAACAGUUUACUGUACAGUUUACAGAUGAGUUUACUGAACGGUGUGCUGAACGGUUUACCGAACAGGUUAGAGAAGAUUUUACAGAACAAUUUGCUUAACAGUUUACAUAUGGGUUUACUGAACAGUUUAAAGAAGUGUUUGCUGAACAGUUUAAAGAAUACAUGACCAAACAGUUUUGUUCUUAAUGUAUAAAAGAUGUCCGAUGCAUGAAUACGUUUUGAUGCUGUUGCAGAUGUUGUAAUGUGCCACUUUGUUUAUACAUUUCUUGCUCAAUAUAACAUAGACGCUCUCGCCAGGAGAUAUGUACCUUCUUGUUAGUAUAGAGAUCAGCUUGGAGGUACCAGGGUGUGAUAAGCUUUUAGGUACCAGGAUGUGAUAAGCUUGGAGGUACCAGGGUGUGAUAAGCUUGUAGGUACCAGGGUGUGAUAAGCUUUGAGGUACCAGGGUGUGAUAAGCUUGGAGGUACCAGGAUGUGAUAAGCUUGGAGGUACCAGGAUGUGAUAAACAUGAAAACCUGAGACAAAUGUUACUACUUCAGCAUUAUAAAGUUCCAUCUUCAUGAA